AUGCCGGCUGAGGCCGUGCAAAAUUUUAUUUGGGUUCUCUCUCCUGGUAAGAAUAAGACUUAUUCCUGUGGUGAAUCCAAGGAUUGUCCCGAGGAGUACCCUUGCUGCUCCUCUACUGGUAUAUGUGGCACAGGUACAUAUUGCCUUGGAGGAUGCGAUCCCAGAUACUCUUAUAAUCUAACGGCCUGUAUUGCACAACCAGUAUGUCAGCAAGGUAACUAUACUUUCACUAAAGAAGAUUUGAUCACUUCUUCUGAAUAUUUAGGUGAUUAUAACGAAACUAAAUGGACAUAUGAAGGCCAUGUGAUGGAUUACAACGAUUCUAUUAUUAUGGCCCUACCUAAAAAUGGUUCUGGAACUGUGAUAUCUUCAACAUUUUUUGUGUGGUAUGGUAAUGUCACUACCAGAUUUAAAAGCUCCCACAAUGCAGGUGUCAUAUCUGCUAGUAUUCUUUUCUCUGACGUCCAAGAUGAAAUUGACUUGGAAAUUAUUGGUAAUGCAUUAAAGCAGCCACAGUCCAACUUUUACUAUGAAGGAGUUCUUAAUUAUACAAAUAUGGUCAAUCUCUCUACUUCCGAUGCCUUUGAAAACUGGCAUUCUUAUACUGUUGAUUGGCAAGAAGAACAAAUCACUUGGUAUAUAGACGGAGUAGAGGGAAGGACCCUCAAAAAGGUGGACACUUACAACGAGACCACUGACGAAUAUAUGUAUCCACAGACCCCUUCUCGUAUUCAACUAUCUCUUUGGCCCGGUGGUGAUUCUACACAAAAUUCCGCUGGCGUUGUGGCAUGGGCCGGAGGUGCAAUCAAUUGGAAUGCAUCCGAUUUUACAGAUCCUGGCUACCUUUUUGCUACUAUAGGAUGGGUCAAUGUCCAAUGCUAUGAUCCACCUUCCGGAACGCUUAUUGAAGGUGACUUAUCAUACAUCUUCACGGAUCCAGAUGACUUCUCACAGGAUUCUGUCAUGAUUACAGAUAACGACACCAUAAUUGACAACCUAGGCCAGACAGGUUUUGACAUCGGGAAGAACAAAGAUGCAGAAAAUGAAAAUAAUACGUCGAUCUACACCACCACAUAUUCUUCUCGUGCUACCAAAACUGUGUCGUCUUCAAGCCUACCUGCAGGCUACUCUUCUGAGUUUUUUCAGGAUAUUCGAACGGCUACGGAAUCGUCAUCAAACGGCGCUGCAGAUGUUACCGUGAUAAAUCGAGGAUAUGAUAAGCCAAGAUUCAAAUAUGGAGUCAUUCUUACUCCCAGGGUCAAGCACGACCUUUCGAAGGAUUUUUUGAUUGAAGCCGCAGAGGAGGCAUUUUUGGCCAUCUGCCUCUCACCCCAAACUGAUCAUUUGAACCCAAUACGCAAUACAGAUGAUGGCUCUACGGCGACCAAAAAGUUACUUGAAUCUUAUUCAUUGGGAAGUUUAGAUUUCACAGAAAUGGAGUACUCAGAUGAUCUAGAUUUGGUUUUUGAAGCGUACAGGAAAAAUGAAUUACAAUCAAGAAUUCUUGGAACUAUUUGCGUGAAGAAUUAUCAGGGUCUGAAGGAUGAAAAAGAAGUAACUGGUUUCACCUCGUUCUAUCCAGGGCUCUCCGCGAAAUUGAUGGAGUUUAUGGCCUGCUACUGCAAAGAUCAAUUACGGGUUGCAAAAUUAUGGGUUGAUAUUAUUGAAGAGCACAAUCUUAAAGAAUACUACGAAAAAUUGGGAUUUUUUUUUAUUAGUAGAGAAACAUGCCAUGUUGAUCCAAUCACUCAUAAUAUGCUUGGAAAAUCCUUAGAAGAUGGAAUUAAAGCUAGCAGGGAUUUCCAUGUAGCACUUAUGGAGAGAGACUUGUGA